AUGGAGACCUACUACGGCCACGUUCGCACACCUGCGGACGCCAUUAUCCUCUUUGAAGCUUGUCGCAUGGGGCUUCUACCACGAGUACAAAGACGUCUUUCAGAAAAAGAACGCCAAUCAAUUCGAUCAGGGUCAGUCUUUGUUUGGGAUGAGCGGGAAGCAGGCAUGCGUCGAUGGACGGAUGGCAAAUCAUGGAGCGCGAGUCGUGUAUCAGGUAGCUUCCUGACUUAUCGGGAGAUGGAAGGCAAACGAGGCGGCAGUGUGUCGCAGGCUUCAGUACCAAGGGUUGGCAAGUCUCCAGAGAGUGGACGUGGUAGUGAUGAUGACCGUGAAGACGAAGGCCCGGAUGGUUACCGAUACAAACCGGAUGGCUUGAUGAAGCAGUCCUUCAGUAUCACAACCUCCGCCGGUCAACACCUGCAUCUGAUCAGCUACUAUGCUCGUGCCCACCCUUCUGCCGUCAACUUACAACAACCCACCACCGAUCCAGCACUGCGACAUGUUCGUCCUCAAAAAGGGUUAUACCCAGAGUCCACAGUCAACGACCAGCAAAACCUCCCCGUGGUCACUCGGGCAACUCCACCGACAGUUCCCGUUGGAUAUGGCGCUGCAUAUCUUCCUCCAGUUGCUUCCAAUGGUCCUCCUCCCCCGUAUGGCCCACCACAUCACUCUAUGCCCCAUCAUCAACCACCGCACCCUCACCAGCACCCUCAUCCUCAUGCUCAUAGUCUUCCACCCCCUCCCCACGCGGGGCCAUACGAGCGACAACCUUUCCCUGAAGCAGUACCCCCUGGUUCUUCUAAUGGCGCACCACCUCCUUACCCCGGUCGCUCUCCACGCAUGAUGCAGGAUCCACACCACGAGCAAAGGAGUCCGCGGGUUUACCCCUUAGCUGCUGACCACCGACUGGCUUCACCUCGCAUAUCAGCGUCCAACUCUCAGACCAACGGGGCUAUCCGCAGUCCUCAUAUUUUAAAGCAAACCCCUCCAAUGGCCUUGCAACAACUCGGCUCUAUGGGCACACCGCCAAAGCCCGAAAACGCAAGCUUCAACGUCCCGGGUAUUGGUGCUUUGAUCAAUGGUGCAUCACUGGCCCCAAUUGCUCCUCCUAGCUCUAUCAACGCCGAUAGCCCUGGCGCUCGCAACGGCUCAGUCGGCGAGGGGCCUCGGGAUAUAAACCUGAAGCUUGGAUUUGCCGAGGACGUCAGUGCAAGAGCACUACGCCAGCUAGACCGAGCCUUUGUGGCGUAA